AUGUUCAAAAGCAGCGCAGCCCCCUGCCCCGAAUGCAGAGGAGCAGCGGCCAAUCCCAGCAGAGGGCCCACGGAUGCACUGGAGCAGGGUCCGGUCAAAAGAGAACAGAUGCAGACGGAGAGCAACCAACCGCUUUUCGAAUCGCAAGCCAGCGAAGCAGAGAACCCAUGCGCCAGAGCCAGGCCCGAGCAGCCGGCCGAGCUGCGCCCACGUGAACACUGCCAGCGCUGCCUCAGCCAAGCCCUUAUAUGCACAUCCCGGGUUAUUCGAUGCGCAGCUGAACAGUGGCUGCUGCCUUCUGCCAGCAACGAGCACGGGCGAACAGCGGCCGGCCGCGAUAUGCGCACGAUAAAUGGGAGGGUGGGCGGAAAUCCGAGCUGUUCCCGAGGAUUGCUGGUGCCGAGCGGCUGUUUCCUAUCCAUCACUCCACUGGCCGUCGUCGUUGUCUCGCGUUCGUUUUGUGCUUUUCAGUUUGCGACUGCAGGCCGAGAUCUCGCAUCUCCGUUGCUUCGAGCCUCUUGCGAACUACUCGCAGUUGAGCGGCGCACAAUCGUUUUCUCUGUGCAGCUUGCAUGA